AAACACAUGAGGACCCACACAGGGGAGAGGCCCUACGUCUGCCAGGAGUGUGGGAAAGCCUUCUCCAUCUCCUGCCACCUGACUGAGCACCGCCGCAUACACACAGGAGAGAAGCCAUUCUCGUGUCCUGAAUGUGGGAAGUGUUUUCGGAGACGCUUCGACCUGAAGAAGCACCUGCUGUCCCACAGUAACAUUCGUCCUCAUCCCUGCACCUUCUGCUCCAAGAGCUACACCCGACAGACUCACCUGAAAAGACACCUGCUGACCCACAGAACUGCUGACAGGGAGGUGGAGGAGGAGGUGGAGCCUGUGGAGGAGGAGGCGGAGCCUGUGGAGGAGGCCUGACCUCCUAAGGAGCAGCU